AUGGUUGGUUUUUAGAAUGGCAUCAAAAUAAUGUGAUAAAAUUAGAUAAAUUUAAUAGUUUAGUUUAUUCAAAUCUAACAAUCAUAAAAGCUUGUUCUGGAGAUGAAUAAUAUAAAUGCAGAUAAGUAGUUUUCCAGAUUAAUUGAAAUUAGAUUAAUUUGGAGCCAAUUAUACAAGACAAAUGGAAAAUGCAAAUAUGAUGUAAGUUUUAGGAUCAUGUGUUGAAGAUUUAAGUACUGCUAAUGGAAGUUCAGAUUAAUUAAGUUAAGAAGCUUGUCCUAAUCAAAACGAUAUUUUGAAAAUUAAUUAGUAACACUUGUUGAUAGGAUCAUUUAACUGGAUAUACAAAGUAUGUCAUAUAUCAAUGAUGUAACAACUACAAGAAUUGUGA